AUGGCCGCCCAGGGCGAGCCCGGCUACCUGGCGGCGCAAUCGGACCCGGGCUCCAACAGCGAACGCAGCACUGACUCGCCCAUGCCCGGUUCCGAGGACGACUUGGUCGCCGGGGCGCCUCUGCAUAGCCCCGAGUGGAGCGAGGAGCGCUUCCGCGUGGACAGGAAGAAACUUGAGGCCAUGUUACAAGCUGCUGCUGAAGGAAAAGGCAAAAGUGGGGAAGACUUUUUUCAGAAGAUCAUGGAGGAAACAAAUACGCAGAUUGCUUGGCCAUCAAAACUGAAGAUCGGAGCCAAAUCCAAGAAAGAUCCCCAUAUUAAGGUUUCUGGAAAGAAAGAAGACGUUAAGGAGGCCAAGGAAAUGAUCAUGUCUGUCUUAGACACAAAAAGCAAUCGAGUCACCUUGAAGAUGGAUGUUUCACAUACAGAACAUUCUCAUGUAAUCGGCAAAGGAGGCAACAAUAUUAAAAAAGUGAUGGAGGAAACAGGAUGCCACAUCCACUUUCCAGAUUCCAACAGGAAUAACCAAGCAGAAAAAAGCAACCAGGUAUCUAUCGCAGGACAACCAGCAGGAGUAGAAUCUGCCCGAGUUAGAAUUCGGGAGCUGCUUCCUUUGGUGCUGAUGUUUGAGCUACCAAUCGCUGGGAUUCUUCAACCGGUUCCCGAUCCUAACUCCCCCUCAAUUCAGCACAUAUCACAAACGUACAACAUUUCAGUGUCAUUUAAGCAGCGUUCUCGAAUGUAUGGUGCUACUGUGAUAGUACGAGGAUCUCAGAAUAACACCAGUGCUGUGAAGGAAGGAACUGCCAUGCUGUUGGAACAUCUCGCUGGGAGCUUGGCAUCAGCUAUUCCUGUGAGCACACAAUUAGAUAUUGCAGCUCAACAUCAUCUCUUUAUGAUGGGUCGAAAUGGAAGCAACAUCAAACAUAUCAUGCAAAGAACAGGUGCUCAGAUCCACUUUCCUGAUCCCAGUAAUCCACAAAAGAAAUCCACCGUCUACCUCCAGGGCACCAUUGAGUCUGUCUGUCUUGCAAGGCAAUAUCUCAUGGGUUGUCUUCCCCUUGUGUUGAUGUUUGAUAUGAAGGAAGAAAUUGAAGUUGAUCCACAGUUCAUUGCUCAGUUGAUGGAACAGCUCGAUGUCUUCAUCAGUAUUAAACCAAAGCCGAAACAACCAAGCAAGUCUGUGAUUGUGAAAAGUGUUGAGAGAAAUGCUUUAAAUAUGUAUGAAGCAAGAAAAUGUCUCCUCGGACUUGAAAGCAGUGGGGUUACCAUAGCAACCAGCCCGUCCCCAGCAUCCUGCCCUGCCGGCCUGGCAUGUCCCAGCCUGGACAUCUUAGCUUCAGCAGGCCUUGGACUCACUGGACUAGGUCUUUUGGGGCCUACCACCUUAUCUCUAAACACAUCAACAACCCCAAACUCACUCUUGAAUGCUCUUAAUAGCUCAGUCAGUCCUUUGCAAAGUCCAAGUUCUGGCACCCCCAGCCCCACGUUAUGGGCACCCCCACUUGCUAACACUUCAAGUGCCACAGGUUUUUCUGCUAUACCACACCUUAUGAUUCCAUCUACUGCCCAAGCCACGUUAACUAAUAUUUUGUUGUCUGGUGUACCCGCCUAUGGGCACACAGCUCCGUCGCCCCCUCCUGGCUUGACUCCUGUUGAUGUCCAUGUCAACAGUAUGCAGACAGAAGGCAAAAAAAUCUCUGCUUCUUUAAAUGGACAUGCACAGUCUCCAAAUAUAAAAUAUGGUGCAAUAUCCACUUCGUCACUUGGAGAAAAAGUACUGAGUGGGAAUCACAGUGAUCCGUCUAGACAGACAACUGGACCUGAGCAGGCAUCUCCCAAAUCAAACCCUGUGGAAGGUUGUAACGAUGCUUUUGUUGAAGUAGGCAUGCCUCGAAGUCCUUCCCAUUCUGGGAAUGCUGGUGACUUGAAACAGAUGAUGGGUCCCUCCAAAGUUUCCUGUGCCAAGAGGCAGACAGUAGAACUGUUGCAGGGCACAAAAAACUCACACUUACACAGCACUGACAGGUUGCUCUCCGACCCUGAACUGAGUGCUGCAGAAAGCCCUUUGGCUGAUAAGAAGGCUCCUGGAAGUGAGCGGGCUGCAGAGAGGGCCGCAGCUGCCCAGCAAAACUCUGAAAGGGCUCGCCUAGCCCCGCGGCCAUCAUAUGUCAACAUGCAGGCAUUUGACUAUGAACAAAAGAAGCUAUUAGCAACCAAAGCUAUGUUAAAGAAACCAGUGGUGACGGAAGUCAGAACACCCACAAAUACCUGGAGUGGCCUCGGGUUUUCUAAAUCCAUGCCAGCUGAAACUAUAAAGGAGCUGAGAAGGGCCAACCAUGUGUCCUAUAAGCCCACAAUGACAACCACUUUUGAGGGCUCAUCAAUGUCCCUCUCGAGGUCCAACAGUCGUGAACACUUGGGAAGUGGAAGUGAAUCUGAUAACUGGAGGGACCGAAAUGGAAUAGGACCCCCGAGUCCUAGUGAAUUUGCAGCUUCUGUUGGCAGCCCCAAACGUAAACAAAACAAAUCAACGGAGCACUAUCUCAGCAGUAGCAAUUACAUGGACUGCAUUUCUUCGCUAACAGGAAGCAAUGGCUGUAACUUGAACAGCUCUUUCAAAGGCUCUGACCUCCCUGAGCUCUUUAGCAAACUGGGCCUGGGCAAAUACACAGACGUCUUCCAGCAACAAGAGAUCGAUCUUCAAACAUUCCUCACUCUCACAGAUCAGGAUCUGAAGGAGCUGGGAAUUACGACUUUUGGUGCCAGAAGGAAAAUGCUGCUUGCAAUCUCAGAACUAAAUAAAAAUCGAAGAAAGCUUUUUGAACCACCAAGUGCACGCACCUCUUUCCUGGAAGGCGGAGCGAGUGGGAGGCUACCCCGUCAGUAUCACUCACACAUUGCUAGUGUCAGUGGCCGCUGGUAGCAACACCUACCCUCCAGGCAUGCACCCGCCAGUCUUCAAGUUGGACACAGGAGAUCUGUGAACAGCCUUCACUGCACACCAUCCUCAGCACUCUGGGUGUCUGGUAUCAGGACCAAAGCAUCUUAUUCACACCUGAACUUUGCGCUAAAAAGGGAGAAAAGAAAGAAGAUGAUCUUAUGUCAUCAUACAGAAUGCCACAUUUGGUUGACUUUUUUUAACGGCAAUUGGACAGAACUUGCAAUUUGAGGGUAGGGCUUUAUUUCCUGUUUUUACUUACCUAAAUAACAUAUGCACUGAUUUUUUACUUAAAAUGAAGGAUUAAUUGACAUCUGGGAGGCCAGAAAACUUAGAGGUUCUUUUGUUUGCUUGUUUUGUUUAGGGAUUUGGGGAUUUUUAAAAAAUAAUCAAAAUGGAAUUUUCUGGUACUGCUUUAAAAUAAUUAUUGAGGUCUUUCAGCACUUUACACUUUUUAAUAUCUUGUCCUGUGGAAAUAUCUCUCUUUCUCUCAAUUUUCAUGUCACCUGAUGUAUUGGUACAAAUCAGAUUUAGUUAUACUUCUUUGACUAUCAAAUUUUUAUUUAAAAUGGUACUGGAUUAUUAGUUUUGUGCAGAAUAUUCUGACUUUGAGAAAUGUAAGUGACUCCCCUUGGUUCUGGACCAGUUCUGUUCAUUUAUGUCAACAUCCUAGAAAUAAUUAGCAAUGAACCUAUUUCACAUAACAGGUGCAAAGAAAGACCAGAUGGACUUUGCAAUAUUAACCCUUUGCAGUCAUCAUAUUUAGCUGCUGCCUAUAUUGCUAAAAUGAUUUUAAUGGUUGUCUGAAGGCAAAGGGCUAUUCUUUAGUAUACUGCCACUAAAGGACACUUAUUUAUAUCAAACUUUUAUUUUUAGAUAUUAUAAGCAUACAGUACAUAACUGAUUAAAUUGAUAUCUACUAGAGAUUUAUGGUAGAGAAUGGACGGCAUUCAAUAACUGGAGCCCUAGAUUGUCAUUUUAUUUAAAAAAAGACAAAUAAUCAUCUGACAAGACAGCACUGUUGCCAUUGAGAGGAGAAAUAGAUUACUAUCCUUACCAUGUACACUCUAGCUGUGCUCCAUAUGGUCACAGGACUUUAAAAACCAUAUCUGUCUGCUUGAAGUUGACUUGUGUUUGUUGAGAACAGAAAGGGUUUAUUUCAGUUUUCAGGGUGACAGUUUAUAAAAACAGCUGAGUUCCAAAGGAAGACAAAAAAAA